UCCGCCAGUGUGUCAAUGUUCGGCGUAAUUUGCCGAAAGUUCCCCCAAGUGACUCAUUGAAGCGCCUUCACAAAGAGCCUUUUGCGUAUUUCGAAACACUUUUUGAUUAUUACGAGUAUUAUUUUUUCGUUAAAUUCCAUUUCUCUUCUUCUACCACCUCCUCUUCCUUCCAUUCUUUGACAGAGAGCUCAUGUCCUGUAGCUCUCGUAAUUGCCAUCUUCAAUGUCGAAUCUCUCUCUCUCUCUCUGAGUGACUGAGUCAAAUCCAUUACUGAGGGGAGUGAAGUCUGUCGGCGGUCCACAAUGUUGGACGGAUUACUUGGGCGCGGAUUCGCCGCUAAAUGCAAAUCGUUGAUCAAAUUGAUCAAGAGUCGGAUCGAUGUGAUAAGAAGGAAGCGGAAGGCGACGGAGAAGUUUUUUAAGAAAGACGUCGCUGAUCUGCUGGCGACUGGUCUCGAUGUUAAUGCCUACGAAAGGGCUGAUAGACUUAUGGUUGAGCGGACGGUUUCGUCUUGUUAUGAUUUCAUCGAGCAAUCUUGUGACUUUGUAAUGAAGCACCUUCCGGCGAUGCAGAAACUGAGUGGAUGCCCUGAGGAAUGCAGAGAGGCUGUAUCAUCUCUAAUGCUUGCUGCUGCAAGAUUUUCUGAUCUUCCAGAGCUACGUGAGCUUAGACAAAUAUUUCAGGAGAGAUAUGGGAAUUCCCUUUAUUGCUAUGUCAACCAAGAGUUUGCUGCAAACUUGAAUGUGAGGCCUUCUACGCUGGAGAAGAAGGUUAGCUUGAUGCAGGAGAUUGCAUCAGAGUUUUCAAUACAGUGGGACUCGAAGGCUUUUGAGGAGAGGAUGUCCAAACCCUCUGCAUUUGCACAGGACCACAAAAUUUACAAAACUAACCAUUUGACCCAUGAUAAUAAAUCAGCACAUGGCAAUGACGGUGCCCUGAAAGGAGACAAGUAUUAUGAUUUGUUGGAGCAAAGUCCAGCCCAUCCUAGCAAUGAUGCUAUUGUCUCAAAAAGAGACGAUGAUGAUCUUCAAUCUAGAUCCAGGCCUCCUAAAUAUCGAUUAAAGCAGCAAAAGGGUCGCGAUGUAGACAUUCUAAAACGUGAUAGCCAUGACCAUGAAAAAAGAGAGCUUACUGUUAAGAAGGACAGGCGACACCAGUAUGAGGAUAGUAUGGUAAAGCCUAUUGUAAAAGGGGGUUUGCCCCAGGAUAAAAGGAUGGAACAAUUUGAAGAUGGGUCAAAGUGGGGAAGCAGAACUCCUCAUAGGGAUGAAACCCCGAUGGUUAGCUCCCAUCACAAUAAUCACAUGCCACCUCCUUAUGUUAAAUCCAGUUCUAAACAGAAGAACCGUAAAAUUGGACCCAAUGUCGACUUACCACAAGAGGACCAAGGCAACAUCUCUGCAUGCCCUUCACCACAUGGGAAGCCUGCUGUGGCUACUGCAUCAGAGAGGACGCAGUUAGGUUCAGAAAAGGAAUUGGCUACUGAAAUCCCUGUGUCUAAAUCGAAAUCUUCAAGGCGUAAGCACUCAAAGUCACGUUCUAGUCACCAUGAUGCCAAUUCUACUCAGUAUGAUGCCAGCGCCGAAUAUACUGGAGUUGUGACAAGAAAAUUGAGGAGCAGGAGACGAGAUGACCCAAGACGUGGCCUGCAACUCUUAUUUGACGACGACCGCUAUCGAAGUCACGAAGAGGAAAGGAUGAUGGAUAAAUUACUGCUCCAUUAUAGUAAAAAACCAUCCAUCUUGCCUGAAAAAUGGAGGAGAAAGAGUAGAAGUCGUCAUGCACACCAAAGGGAUAACUCAGCACGAGAAUCUUCAAGGAAUGGUGAAUCACCAGCGUUAAAUGCUGUUCCACCGCGAUCGGUUUCUCUUCCCCGUGAGGAAACGGAAGCAGCAAAAGAAGACAAAGAAUUCGCUCGAGCUGCUUCAUUUCAGCCGGAUAGACCAAGUGCUGCUCGGCAUGUGCAUCCCAAGUUACCUGACUAUGAUGAUUUGGCUGCUAGGUUUGCGGCCUUGAGAGGAAGGUGAAAGAAAGAACAAUGGAAAAAAGGGUGGUUGGAAGAGCUUCUUUGCCUGUAUAGAUAAGGCGUUUUGAUUUUUCAACCUUUAUCUCAUUCUGGUGUGUCGUUGAAGAAAAGAUUGCAUGGCAUGGCGGUGCUUCAAUUUCAAUAGCAAACUGUUGACUACUCUGUGGGCUUAGAUCUAUGUAGUUGCUCGGUUCUGAUGCAACUUCAAGUUAUAUGCCAUCUCAGUUCAAUUUGCCCCCCUUUUUCUUUAAUGUUUGUACAAGUGUUUGUAACCAAAACUGGCGUGCCCAUGUUCACAACUUGACGGUAAAAGAAGUUGAGAGUAAUAUAAUUAAUUGAUUAAUUACUGUCA